AUGUGGUGGCCCUUUGGAACUGGAGAUAAAGACACCAAGGAGCUCAAGAAAGAGCUUCCGAGCGAUCUUCAGUCGUUUUUCGAAAAAGCAAACCCACAAACCCACAAAUCAUCCGCUGGAGAGAAUAGCGCUAAAGAUUCCAUUGUGGAUCGGAUUCUAGCGAGGGAACACCACGAGUACUCACAUGAUUUCGAUGCCUACAAAAGAGAAGAGCUGCUUAAAAAAGUGACUGGCAUUAACUGUGCAGAGAUACAACAGGCAGUGGUGGAUUGCUAUCAAGGAUGGUCAUUUUUGAGCUCCAAUCAUUGCACAGACGAAAUCCGGAGAACGACCAAGUGUAUGGAUGUCCAGAAUAAGGCAUUGCGACAGCUAAGAUACGAAUCUUGCUAUAAUAAGCCACAAUGCGAGCAAAUACGUAUUCUUGUGGAUAUGCUCUUCGUGAACAAUUUUGGACAAUAUGGAGAAAGCAUGAACGAAGAAACAGAAAAAAAGUUUGAGAAUGAGGUCGAUAGCAUGUUCGAUAGGGUUUGGAAGUAG